AAAAAGUGGACUAAUAGUCGCUGAAGAAAUUUCCGAUGAGAAGAUGAUGAGGAAACAUUGGUAGAAGAAAUUGAAGAGAGAGAGAGAGAGAAAGAGGGUUGGAUUGGUUUUCUUCUUCUUUUUUCCAAAGAGAAUCUAAUCUCAAUCCUCAACCUCUUCAUUAGUCAUUACACACGUAUCUUCUGAUUUCUUCAAUUCCUCCCUCAAUCUUUUCUUUUCCUCCCUUCACAUCCUCCUUUUCUCCGAAGCGAAACCAACAAAGAUUUUAGUUUUUUGUUUUCUAGUUUUGUUAUUUGGCUUGCUUCUCUGAAUCGGUUGUUGCAGAAGGGUCGGGAGCCGCAGCUAUGCAGAGCCAACUUGUGUGCAAUGGUUGUAGGAGCCUUCUGCUUUACCCGAGAGGGGCAACCAAUGUUUGUUGUGCAUUGUGCAACACCAUUACCUCUGUUCCUCCACCUGCAGGGAUGGAAAUGUCUCAACUUUAUUGUGGAGGUUGUAGGACAUUGCUAAUGUACACACGUGGAGCUACAAGUGUGAGAUGUUCCUGCUGUCACACUGUAAACCUUGUUCCAGCAUCUAAUCAAGUAGCUCAUGUCCAUUGUGGGAACUGCCGGACAACACUCAUGUAUCCCUAUGGAGCUCCCUCAGUCAAAUGUGCUCUUUGUCACUAUAUUACCAAUGUCAGUAUGAACAAUGGAAGGCUUCCAAUCCCUGUUCAUAGACCUAAUGGGACAACCAAUGCUGGAACCUUGCCUUCUACUUCAACAUCAAUGCCCCAAUCUCAAAGUCAAACAGUAGUGGUAGAAAAUCCUAUGUCUGUGGAUUCAAGUGGGAAAUUGGUGAGCAAUGUUGUUGUUGGAGUUACAACAGAUAAGAAAUAAUGGCAGCACAUAUAGAGGGUACAGUACCACCUUUGCUGUCACAAGAAGAUAUUGUUUGUGUAUAUGAAUAUAUGAUAUUGCAGCCUGAAACGGUUUAUUUGAAAUGAAUACUUUUCCAAUACAAGGGUUGGACGGAUAUCAUGUAUGUACGUAUUGUAUAUGAGGAGAACAAAUCGUGAAAAGGGCAUAAAACCUGUUAGUGUUUUGUGUGAUUGCCAGAGCCUACUUUGUUGUUUCCUUGGUAUCCAUACCCAAAUCAAUUGGUUCAUUCAGAUUAUAUGUUAUCCUACAAGUCCUAAACUAGAAAAUGCUACUUUUUCUUUCAUGGCUUGUGAAGCUUGUGCUUUUCUUGAUGAUCUGUUA